AUGCCAGACUACGGCCAGGUGCCAAGCUUGCUCAAGCGGCCUCUGCGCAUGCCACGGCGUCGUCUCAGCGCGCGUCGGCGACAGGCUUUUCUAGUCUUCGCCAUUCUAUGUCUGUGUGGGCUGCCUUUCAUGUAUUUCUUCUCGACCUCGUCGGCAAAGGUGCGUGGCGAGCUCCCUGAUUCGCGCGAAAAGCCGUGGAUCACCCCGAGUGAGAACUCGACGCGCUUCGCACAGAUCGUAGACGGCCGCACCCCGGGGACGGCGUGGCGCGAUCCUCGCUUCAACAUGAUUAUCUCCUUCUCCAAGUCUGGCGACGUUGUGCACGUGACUCCCACCAAUCACGUUCUCCACCGCCGAGCCAGUGAUGACAGCUCGAGUGCGUUCCGCAAGUGGGAAUCCAUCUACCAGCCUAGCGACAAGUACCGCAUCCCUGCCUGGGCCACGCCGGCGGACCGCGACACGCUUCAUCACGCGUCUAUCUUUACAUCCCUAGCCGCGUUCCGCGACCACGAGUGCGCGCUGACGCUGCGCAACCUCUUCGACAUGGCUGUUGCGCCGCACCGCCUGUACGUUGGCGUGAGCGAGGAGCGCAGCCCGUCAGACGCGAGCUGCCUCUCGAGCAUUGGGGUAGACGACCUGGCGAGCGGCGAGACGCGGCGGGUGCUGUACGGUGCGGAGGCGCCGCGCACGAUUGGGGUGGAGGUGCGUUCACUGACGUGGGCCAGCGUGGUCGCGCCGCGGCUGUUGCUGGACGUGGAUGCCGCGUUGAGCGUGCCCACCGGCAGUACUGCGGAAUAUGGCGCGCGACCUGCUGGCGUGUUUUUGCACCCGGCGCACGCAGGGGAGCGGGUGAUAUGCAUUGCCGGGGAGCUGGAGACGGCGCGUGACAGGUUGCUGUUAGCGGAGGACGACGCGAAGCAAGACAUGGAUGGCGGGUCUGUGUUCCGGCACGGGGGCGGGGGCCCCCAGCAGCAGCCGUCGCGCGCACUGGCCGGGUGCCGCGUGACGACGCGCGUGACAGAGCCCAGGUUUGCGCGCGGGCCGACGUUUGGGCGGUACAUCACGAGCCUGUUCUUCUUCGACCAGGACUACUACAUGGUGGUCGACAGCCACACGCGGUUCUCUGUGGACUGGGACAUGAAGCUGAUCACACGCGUUUUUCAGCUGCCGACGCGCGGCGUGCUGUCGCACUACCCGAACGGUUACCGCGAGGGGAACGACCGUGAGGAAUUCGACAGGACGAUCGUUAUGUUGAUGUGCACAGCGCAGGUGCUCCACAACGGGAUGCCGAAGCUCGGGGCGCGGUGGAUGAAGUUAUCGCCGCACCCGGUCCUGCAGGGUUUUGCUGCCGCGGGCUUUAUGUUUGGCGACGCGCAGUUCAUGCUGGACACGCCGUUCGACCCUUUCCUGCCAUACAUGUUCGACGGCGAGGAGGUGCUGUACUCUGCGCGGAUGUGGACUGCUGGCUGGGAUCUCUACGGACCUGGGCAGUCGGACGUGUUUCAUCACUACGGGCGGCCGAACACGCCGAAAUACUUUGGUGUCAUGACGCCGAAGGAGGCUGCGCGGCGUGUGCUGUCAGAGCAGCGGACGCUGUACAUGCUGCGGCGCGCGCACCCGUGGGUUGAGGAGCUUGUGCGCCGCGGCUACGUGAGCGCUAACGGGCAAACGACUCUGAAGCCGCUGCCGCCGAAGGAGGCGCCGGAGACGCGGCUUAUCGUGACGGACGAAGUGGCUGCUGAGACACGCGAGAUCAGCGUGUGGGCGAAAUAUUACGGGAUGGGCACAGAACGCUCUGUGUCGGCUUACUGGCAGCACACGGAGUUGUCGGACGAGUUCGUGAAGGCGAAGGACGAAGAAAACAGGUGGGUGGGCGGCGUUGGGUUGUGCGAAAAAGGCGGCGCCAUGGGGUGA